UGACGUCAAGAUUCUGACCAAUCACUGAUCUCCCCUCAAGUCUCGUUAGGAGUGAGUCCCGUUUUGUUAUCGCGGGAUUUUCGCUGAGGCCCACCGCUAUUUAUAACAGUAAACACGCAUCCAUGAUGAGUUACUCAGAAAAGCAUGAAGAUAUUACCAAAGAGGAGUGGAUGGACAAACUGAAUAAUGUGCAUAUUCAGAGGGCGGAUAUGAACAGACUCAUCAUGAACUAUCUGGUAACAGAGGGCUUUAAAGAGGCUGCAGAAAAAUUUCGGAUGGAGUCUGGGAUUGAACCGAACAUGGAUCUGGAUUCUUUGGAUGACAGGAUUAGAAUCAGAGAAAUGGUUCUGAAAGGUCAGAUCCAGGAAGCAAUUGCUCUCAUUAACAGCCUCCACCCAGAGCUCCUUGACACCAAUCGAUACCUCUACUUUCACCUUCAGCAGCAACACCUGAUUGAACUGAUCCGUUUGCGAGAAACUGAGGCAGCGCUGGAGUUUGCCCAGUCACAGCUGGCUGAACAGGGGGAAGAGAGCAGAGAAUGUCUUACUGAGAUGGAGCGGACCUUGGCACUGCUCGCUUUUGACAACCCCGAGGAAUCACCAUUUGGAGACCUGCUCAAUAUGAUGCAAAGACAAAAGGUAUGGAGUGAGGUUAACCAGGCUGUUCUAGACUAUGAAAAAAGGGAAUCUACUCCAAAAUUAGCGAAGCUGUUAAAGCUCUUACUUUGGGCUCAGAAUGAACUGGACCAGAAAAAAGUGAAAUACUCCAGAAUGACAGACAUCAGCAAGGGCACUAUUGAGGACCCCAAGUAGAGACUGUAAUCCACAUGGACACAUUUGUAAAUUUUUUGUUCCUAUUUAUAAACAGUCAGUGACUGGAUGGCAAAUAUAUAUCUAUGUAUAAUGGCUAUUUGUUGAUUCCUCAGUAAAUAUAACUUAAAGGUAAUGAUGAAUUGAAAGUGAAGAUUCAUCAUUUACUUUCCCUUUUGUCAUUUAAAACCUUUGACUUUCCUCUGGCCACAAAACUAACAAAUAUUCUGUUGGGACUAUUCAAUAUUAUCACAAAAUAUUAUGACUCACUUAUACUCGAGUGUGUUUAAAACCUAAAAAUAAGGGUGAAUAAAAUAUUACUAUUUUCAGCUAAUUCUUUAACCAACUGUGCAUUAUUUUAUUUCAAAUAGAACGAUAUGAAUUGAAAACACUAAAGCUAAAUUUAUUGUAAUCUAAUAUUAAAUAUGUUGUUAGGAUAUUUUUGAAGAACAGAUAUUCUUAAAUCAUCUGUGCUUACCUUUUUUAUUUUGAGUUCAUUUAUUUUCAUAUACAUUCAUGAUUUAUCACUGUUAUGUUCUCAUGCCAAGACAGUUAGCUUUUGUUUAGUC